CGCGGUCGACGAACCGGCAACGUAGCGUGUCAGGCUUUCUCGCCAUGCUAGGCCGGUCGCGGCACAGAAGCUCUCCCUCGAGUCCUGAUCGGUGCCAGGUCUCGAGCAAGGCGCUCCCGGAGCAUGCAGCUAUGGCGCGCCUCGCCGCUCUGACCGAAAUGCUCGUCGACAUCAGACGAACGCAGGCCGAGCAGCUCGGCUGCGCCAGUGGCGUCGAGCGGGCGGGCUGCGACUUGCUGCUGGAGAAGCAAGUUUGCCAGCUGCAUGGGCUUGCGCGCGGCGUUGUCGGCGACAUCCAAUCGCUCCGACUAGCCGUCGCCUCGCCCUCCGCCACCGAGACAGAGCGGCGCAUCCUGCGGUCGGCAGAGUGGCUCUGCUCGCGCCGGCUGAUUGAGGCACUUGGCGAGCUCGAGGAUGCACAGCGCCGCCAUACAGCAGCACGGCGGGAUGCGGCGGAGCGCUGCGGUGGUGCACUGGAGCAGGCGUGCGCCGCCGCAAAGCAGGAACUCCUUGCCGCUGAAGAGCGCGAGGCGCGGCUCUCAACUCACGAAAGACAGGUUGCGCAGCUCGAGAGCUCUAUGGUGGAGUUGCAGGCGCUAUUCGAAUCGAUGGGCCUUCUCGUCGAGGCGCAUGGCGCAGUGCUCGAUAAUGUCGAGCUUAGCAUCUCCGAGGCUGCGCGGCGGGUGGAGGCGGGGACGAAGCACCUCCAGGCCGCAGCGAGGAGCAAGAGCGCGGAGCGGCGGAAGAUCGCCAAGGCGAUCCUCAUCGCUCUUGCCGUGCUGGCAGUGGUGGCGGCGGUGGCGCUGUAGGGGUCGCCGCGGAGUCUCGCGGGCCGCGGGGGCGCGCGGGGGGGGCGGUGGGACGUCGUUUAAGACCACGCUCUCUCCUCUC